UUUUAUGUGUCAUAUAAGAAGGAAAAUCAUUUGUGGCUUCUUCCUGAGGUAGUCUUCAACCAUUAUUACCUGCGCAAACUUAACAUCUGUACAGUAUGAUUUUUCCAGCUACCAGGCAUUGAGAAUUUGUAAACUCAUUUUAGGCAGCAUAGACCAGCGAUAGCAUGAUCAGCUCUAUAAUCCACUUUCGCAGAUUAACAGUAUACCAAAUUCUCAUGCCAAAAUGCUAUUCACCAUUCAACAAACAUAUUAUCACCGUCUCUAAAGACAUCAACACUUCCACGGAGGUUCUGCACGAUUUAACCCAAAAGUGCAUUCCUCUUGACUCUGAUACACAUGCGCUGCGUCUACAGGACACAAAGACUCUCUCACAAGGUAAGAAACUCCACGCCCAAAUACUCAUUUCUGGAUAUUAUCAAGACACCUUCUUAGCAACCAAACUAGUAAACAUGUAUGCCAUGUUCGGUGUUUGUUAUAAUGCCCGCCUUGUAUUUGAUAAUAUAAAGAAACGCAAUGUUUUUUUGUGGAAUGCCAUGAUCAGAGGUUAUGCCAGCAAUGGGGAAUCUGAACAAGCUCUUGUACUUUUUUAUAAAAUGCGGAAUUCAGGGGUAUACCCAGAUAAUUUUACCUAUACAUUUGCACUAAAGGCAUGUGCUGGGCUAUUGGAUAUACAAGGGGGAAAGGAGAUUCAUUAUUGGAUUGAUAGAAAUGGAAUUGAGUUGGAUGUUUUUGUGGGUUCCGCUCUUGUAGACAUGUAUGCUAAAUGUGGAUGUAUGGAUGAAGCACAGCAUGUAUUUGACAAAAUGUCUCAUAGAAAUGUGGUCUCAUGGACUGCAAUGAUUUCAGGUUACUGGCAGAAUGGACUUGCUAGUGAAGCUAUCAGGCUUUUUAAUGAGAUGAGAAUAGCAGGCGUUAUCCUUGAUUCAGUCACGCUGAUGAAUGUCCUUCCAGCGUGUGCCCAUUUGGCAGCUCUGCAACAAGGCAAGGUGGUGCAUGGUUGUAUAAUUAAAAAUAAUUUUAGUGGGAAUGUUUCUGUGGGAACUUCCCUUCUAGAUAUGUAUGCUAAAUGCAGAAGUUUUGAAGAUGCACAGCAAUUGUUUGACAAAAUGUCCGAGAGAGAUGUCAUUUUGUGGAAUGCUAUGAUUGUAGGAUGUGCUCAAAAUGGUGACACGGACAAGGCCUUGAGGCUUUUUCAUCAGAUGCAGUUGGAAAAUGUAACACCGAACUUAGUUACGAUUGUGAGUGUGCUGCCAGCAUGUGCUCAUUUGGCAGCUCUGCAGCAGGGAAAGUGGAUGCAUGCCUACAUAAUUAGAAGUGGAUUUGAGUCAGAUGUUUCUGUGGGUAAUUGCCUUAUAGAUAUGUAUAUUAAGUGUGGGAGUGUAGAGGUUGCCGGGCAAUUGUUUGAGAGAAUGUCUCAAAGAAGUGUUGUGUCGUGGACUGUUAUGAUUUUGGGGUAUGGAAUGCAUGGCCAAGUAGAGGAUGCUCUCAAUUUAUUUUCACAAAUGCAACAGACAGGCAUGAAACCAGAUCAUGUCACAUUUACAGCAGUUUUAUCUGCUUGUAGACAUGCAGGAUUGCUGGACAAGGGUAGGCAGUAUUUUGAUAGCAUGAAUCAAGAUUAUUGUGUUCCACCAAGGAUGGAACACUAUGCUUGCAUGGUUGAUCUUUUGGGCCGAGCCGGGCAUUUUGAUGAGGCACAAGACCUUAUGAAAAAAAUGCCAUUACAGCCUGAUAAUAAUGUUUUGGGAGCCUUGCUUGGUGGCUGCAGAAUUCACCACAAUGUUGAACUGGCGGAGCAUGUUUCAAGACAGCUUUUUGAGAUAGACCCUAAAAAUGCAGGAAACUAUGUGUUACUUUCAAAUAUUUAUGCUGCAGCUGGACAAUGGCACGGUGUAGCUAAAAUUAGAACGUUGCUAAAAGAAAGGGGUCUGAAAAAGAUCCCAGGUAGCAGUUGGAUUGAGAUCAGGAACAGUGUUCAUGCAUUUCUUGGAGGAGAGCUGGACUGGGCAGAUGAAGCGAGUGGAGUAUAUGCCUAAGACAAACAUUGUUAUGCACAAUGUCUGGGAGUAUAAGAGAGACAUGCUUUGCAACCACAGUGAAAAGCUGGCAUUAUGGACUUAUUAACAAAAGUUCUUCAACUCCAAUCAAAAUAACAAAUAAUCUUACAUUUUUGGUGACUGCCAUAUUGCGACCUAGCUCAUUUCCAGAUUGUUAAGGAAGAAUGCACUUCAACUUCAUUCUGAACAACAAUUAAUCUUACAUUUAUUAUGACUGCCAUAUUGCAACCAAGCUCAUUUCCAGAUUGUUAAGGAAGAAUUUCUCGAGAUACAAAUUGGUUUCAUGAACAUCAUUUUAAGAACGUGCUUUACUGCUAAUGUCAGCAGGAAACAAAUUAGUUCUAUAAACAAAAAAUCAAGUUUGUAAUUUGAAUUAGCAGACAUCAAAUUUUGUAGCAAGUUUUGAUAAUUGAAAGAGGCAAAUUGGAGGCUAUUGUUUGAUGAUCGGAUUUGUGUUCGUUGAGACUACUGGUUAUUGAAGAAAGCCCAGACAGGAGAAGCAAAAGGUGUACCAGCAAUUUUCCAGGCCUACAAAAACCAUCAGAGGGCGAUGGAGCAAACAAAUGUUGCACAGGGAAGAGAGGAAAUGAGAUGCAUUGCUCAAGAGACUUGGAAGCAGGUGAAUGAGAUUGGAAUGGAGUUCAAAGAAUGACUUGGCAAAUCAAGUGCAUCAUCUCCCUAGGUUGUUGAACAAGAAGCAAGAAAAAAUUGUCUUAAAAAAAUUGUAGGGAAGAAUGAAUAGGAGAAUAAUAAGAAUAAGAAACAAUCAAUCAAGGAGGUUAGAAAUAUCAUGAGUUGAUAUGUAAAACAAAUUGCCAAAAUAACACGUGAGAGAAUGGAGGGCCAAAAUUAGAGACUUAAAAGACUAUGCAAUCCAUAAUGGAAAUCGAAAAACAAAAAAUGUAAGAUUAUGUAUGGGAUGAUAUAUAGACUCAAAUAGUUAAUGGCAUAUUCAUCAUCUUUGUACCAUUCAUAACUCUGGGUUGUGCGCUUGAGUUUUUUCUUUUAAAACCCCUAAUUCCUAAAUUCAUAGGGACCAUGGCCAAUUAUGGAGAACCUUAACAUUGGAUAGGAGAAAAAUGGUAUCUAUAUGGAUCUUUGGAAUAAGGUUUCUCCUAAGUUACAUUCCAAAAAUAGCAGACUACAAAGGUGAAUUCUCUAUAGGAGAACUUAAUAUACAAAUGCGUUGGGUUGCACAUCAAUUAUUGGUUGCCCUUUUCAAUCAGAAAGAAGAGAUGAUAAAAGAGGUGUUCCUAUGGAUAAGGCUACACAAAAGUCUACCUGAUUUGGGAAAAUAGCAUAUUCUUUCAAACGAUGAUCCAAAUUGGUAUAUGUAUAUGCCUAUCUAAAUCUGCAGAUGUAAAUAACUAUCUUCUUAUUUCAAAAAGAGAAAUUACUGUGUAAUGAUUUAUUUGUCUAAGCUAAUUCCAAG